AGCGAUAAUUUCCUUGAUGGCCAGACCCAAGAAUUAGACUUAGGCUCCGAUUCUUCAGAUGAUCAGGUUGUCCAGCAGAAGCUCAAGUCGAAAAAAUCAAAACAAGCCAACAAGCCGACUAAAAUAAUACCUGAUGGGUCUUCUUCAGACUCGUCCUCUGAAGAAGAUGAGGACGAGGGCCCUGUGACUCUUUCAAAUAUGGAAGCUCGUUCACGAGCACUGGAUGUCCGAGCCGCGAAAGAGGCCCAGCUUGAUGCAGAGGAGUUGCAGCUUGCAGAGCAGAUCGGCGCCGAAGAUGAUGACGAGUUAGACGAAAAUGAUGAAGAUGGUGCAAGCGAAGCGGGGGGUGAAGAAAAUGGCGCAUUUGUUUUGCCCACAGCCGCGGAAAGGGAGGAGGAGAAAAGGUUAGGCGGGCCUGAUGUUCAUGUUGUACAGAGACGCAUGCGAGAGUGCGUCAGGAUAUUGGGCAAAUGGAAGAAACUUGGAGAGAAGACAGGACGAUCUCGCUCUGAGUAUAUCGACCAACUUUUGUCGGAUAUUGGGAGCUACUACGGGUACAACGAUUUCUUGGCAGAAAAAUUGUUUCAGUUGUUCCCAGUCGCCGAGGCAAUCGAGUUCUUUGAGGCAAACGAGGUGCCUCGUCCUGUGACCAUCCGCACGAACACUCUUCGCACGAGACGAAGAGACCUAGCGCAGGCACUCGUCAACCGAGGAGUGAACCUCGAACCCAUAGGCAAAUGGACGAAUGUUGGCUUGCAAGUUUUUGAGAGCAAUGUGCCAAUAGGUGCAACACCAGAAUAUCUUGCGGGUCAUUAUAUGCUUCAAGCGGCGUCCUCUUUUCUACCUGUGAUCGCGCUUUCGCCUCAACCGCAUGAGCGCGUGCUUGACAUGGCCUCUGCGCCCGGAGGCAAAACUACCCACAUCGCUGCUCUUCUGCAGAACACCGGCGUCGUAUUCGCUAAUGACGCCAACAAGGCGCGGACAAAGAGUCUGACUGCGAACGUGCACCGUCUGGGGGCUAAGAACGUCGUAGUGUGUUCGUAUGAUGGGAGAGAAUUCCCAAAGGUAAUGGGGGGAUUUGAUCGUGUCCUUCUCGAUGCCCCUUGCAGCGGGACCGGCGUCAUCAGCAAGGACUCCAGUGUCAAAGUCAACAAGUCCGAACGCGAUUUCACACUUCUUUCCCACCUCCAAAAACAACUAAUUCUUUGUGCAAUCGACAGCAUCAAUCCUGUAUCCAAAACAGGCGGUUAUCUCGUCUACUCCACGUGUUCCGUGACUGUGGACGAGAACGAAGCCGUUGUCGAAUACGCUCUCCGCAAACGCCCCAAUGUUCAUCUAGUUGACACUGGUCUCGAGUUUGGUCGCGAGGGAUAUACCCGAUACCGGGGCAAACAAUUCGACGAGAGCAUCAAGCUGACAAGGCGGUUUUACCCGCACGUACACAACAUGGAUGGCUUUUUUGUUGCUAAGUUCAAGGUGGAGAGGAAAGUGAAGGGGAAGAAGGACGGCGAAGAUGUGAAGAGUACGAGAGAAGUCAAGAUGGAUGUCGAUGUGCAAGGCAAGGAUGUUCACUUCGAUGUUGAAGAGGACAGGCCUUAUCUCGAAGAGGCCAAGCGGAGACGUAUGAAAGCCAAAGGCUUGCGUGUUCCUCCUCGGAACCGUCCAGUCGCUUCUGCUAUUGUCCAAGCCACAGCGUGAGAACUUUGUCAAUGCUGGAAAUUUUUCCUUGUCAUAUCACAAAAGUAUAUUUCUGUUUCAUUUCUGCAUCUAUGCGACUUGCAUCCGAAAUCCCUGGUGUGCAACUAGUAGGGUUGCGCGACUUUGCGGGCGUCAGCUUUGUACCUGUCAUUGUGAAAGGGUCAUCGACAUCAGUAGGAGACUAGA